CAGUCUUGCAGGCGCUAUUAUACGUUCAACGCGCGCCGGCCGCACUGUGUUUGGCGCGAUUAUCGAGCUCGCGUUAGAAUAAUCGCGGCAUCGAAUAGUAGAGCUUCAAAGGCCUAUGUUGAGUUUCGAUGCCGUAUGCGCAUUUCAACGUUGCCUCGUUUCUCCCAAUGAAAAAUUGUUUCUGAGAAAAUUUAGAAAAGUUUUUUAUACCCGACACGACUAUUUGUUCUAUCUUUUCACUUCAUUUAUCAUCAGAAGGAAAAUGCGAAGCAAACUCAAAUUCAACGUCAGACAGUUCGUGGAGAAGUAUUUUUUGUCAUCUCAUGCUGUAAAUUUUUCACGCACUGGCUGGCCGAUCUUGGAAAGGCCUAUGGUUCCCAAAAAAGACUUCCAUCCCCCAAAUUUUGAUUCAGAAUUAUUAGCUUGAAAAUAUUGUGAAUUAUAAUUGUGAGAAGACAUUUCUUCUAAUUUUUACGGUUCCUCUUAUUUCCUUUUUUAAAAGAUCUUUGCAAUCUUAAAAUACCCAUGACAGUCGUAUUAAAUGUUUAGUUAUGUUUUGGAUCAUUAAAAAAUCACAUGUUUUCGAAUA